AUAACUUCUCGCUGUUGUAAUUUGAAAACAGAACCAGAUGGACUCCAUCCGCACCCAUGUCAGUAACCUAGAGCUGGAGAACGACGACCUUGUGAAGAAGGUCAACAACUACGAGUCUCUGUCGGACGUGCACCUGUCCAGCGCGGAGGAGGAGCGCGAGAAGACCGUCCUGCUGAUGCAGCGGCUCAAGAGUCUGGAGGCCGAGAACUCCGCACUGGUGCUGGAGAACGAGAACCAGAGGGAGCAGUAUGAGAGGUGCCUGGAUGAGGUAGCAAACCAGGUGGUACAGGCCCUGAUGGCGCAAAAGGACCUUCGUGAGGAGUGUCUGAAGCUGCGGAACCGUGUGUAUGACCUGGAGCAGCAGAACAAGCAGCUCAGCGUCAUGUUUGAACGCAGAACCAGCAGGUUCUCAUCUGACUCCAUACUGCAGCAGUCUGCCAAACGGUUACGGCAGAGGUCGUUUGGAGGUGAGAGUAAGGCGGAGACAGCUAGUCUGGACAGCAGUAACCACAGUCUGCCCGUACAGCCACAGCGCUUCUCUCCCAGUCCUCAUUCGGGUCUGCCAGGUGUCAGUCAGCACCAGCGUGCGACAUCGUACUCCCCCAGCACGUUCGUGAGUUCCCGUAAGUCCGGUUCCGUGCCCAACGGCAGCGCUGGUGAGACCUCCCCGCACAGCUCGCUCUCCAGCAUGGCCUCCGACUACUCAGCUCACAGCUCCAACCACAACUCCAGGAACUGUCGGUCGACCCCGCCCCCUCCCCUGAUCUACUCCGUCCAGCGCCACCACCCCACGUACAGCCGCAGUCACAGCGACCCUUCCCAGCAGGCAAGGCAGCAGUUCAAGGAGGACAAGAUCAUCGAGAGGAUCAACCAGCUGCGAGCACAGGUGGCCAGUAACAGUAAUGGUUUAGGAGAGUCCAUGCUGGUUCCCUACACCAGUAAACAGGACAUGAGGGGGUCAAAUGAGGGCAUCUACUCUCCUGGCUCAUCCCGCAAAAGUGGCCUGUUUGAGUCUGAGGGACAACAGAACUACACAGAGUACCACCCCCACAACCGGCUGGCGGUCAAAUGUCAUCCCCCACAGAUCAGGGUUCAAGGUUCAGAGGGCAGGGGUCAGAGCAGAGAGGGCAGAGGUCAUUCGAGUGGCUCCUACAAUGAUGACACGCUUUCCUGGGACAACUACAGUCCCUGCAUCAGUCCGACAGGGAAAUUGACGGGCGCGAAGCUCUCGAACGGGUCGGUGUUUGAUGAAGACGACCUUGGGGACGACUUUCAGGUUGUCAAACCGGAGGACUUGUACUCCCCGGGGAGUGAGGGGAGUGGCGGAAUGCCGUCCGAGAAUAAAGUCGCCUCGUCUUCCCCCGGGAUAGAGAAGACUGCCACCAGUCACCCUGGGAAUGAGAAUGGUCAUGUGACCAUGGUGGGGGCUAUGAAUGGGGAACACGGUAAUCGGUUGAUAAACAGUCAUAUGUUGUUGCCACGCCCGUACAGCCCCGGAAGGGGAGCAAAGAAAAAGAACAGUCAGCCUUGUGCGGAAAUUUCUCUAGGGCAAGAACUUCUGUGGAAAAGACGAGAAGACCUGGAGCCUUCAGACAGGGAAACAGCUAAGAAGGGGCUAGAAAGUGAGUUCUACAAGAAGUUACACCCUGAGGCAAGACAGUUUCUAGCUCAGAAUGGAAUCGACAUGUCUUGGGAGGAUAACAUCCACCAGAAGGAAAGAGAAGGAACAAAAGGCAAGAAAAAGGAGGAGAGCAAACUCCCGAUUGCUAACGGGUUAUCAGAAUUAGAAAAGGCCUCUGUUGUUAAAAAGCAGGCAGCAGCAAAACUGAUGCCUGAGGGGGGCAGUCACACAUACACAAAGAAAGACUCUCAAAAGAGGGACGCAGAGCAGAAAACUGCAAGUGCAAUGGUAGAGAACAGUGAACAAUCACACAAACCACAGUCACUUCUCCACAGCUCUCCAGCCUUCGUUAAAAAUAGAACGUCUGACCCUGGUAGGGGCAGAUCGCCAUUUCCCAGUAUGCUCAGCAAAGCAGAGCAUGAUGGGACAUCUCCCAGCCUGCCUUGCAAAGACUCGCCAGUGGAGAAUGGAACAGGCGAUGGCUACAGGCCUGUCCUUGUCAGCAAUCUAGUUAGACGGUUCCAAGAAAUGGAGAAGAAUGAAAAGAAGACAAACGAAGUCAUGCAAACGUCUUCCCAAAAUUCCUGUAGAUUCAACAGCUCUGAAGGGGAGUGUAGUAGGUCAGUUGAAGGGGGAGUGAGAAGUCCUUUCAAGCCAAGAACUGAAGACAAUCUGAGUUUAAAGACACUUGAAGAUGAUCUUGGGACUCUGAGUUGUGAAGCCGAAGGGGCAAGUGCUUCAAACUACGCCAGAAGCCCAAAACAUUCUCCUCCGGUGAGGGACACGCCUAGCAACCAAUCAGAAGCCAGCAAUGGCAUGCUGGGAGGUUGUCCAAUCAACCAAUCCCAAGUCGGUAUGGAGGAGAGGGAUGAGAGUCCCUUGAUGCUCCAUAGAAAUGGAUCCCCCUUGCAAAAGUACCAUAGAGAGCCGAAUUGGAAGAACUACGCCCCUGAGGGUUUUGUAAAUAAAGCUGCCAAGUCCUCCCGUAGUGAUUUUGUAGUGGACGGAAGUGAAACGUGCAUAUUGAACAAUGAAAACAUGGAGAAAGCCUCCAAGCCUGAGCCUGUGGCUUUUUAUCAAAACAGAGUUCCGAAACCGAACUAUGUGAAUAGACAGGAACUGUACAUAGAUGAAGAGUCUAUCCAGUGUAGUGCAGAGGGAUUCACAAAGACUCAAACCAAGACCAUCAACGCAAACUUCUCCGGAUUGCAAGGACCCAGGCCGUUCAAGACUUCUCUUCCUGUGCCAAAGCCAUACGCAGGUCCGCCUCUACAACUCAACAAUUUGUCCACGAGUAACGGUACCGGCGCCGCGGGAACUCAGGACAAGAGCCAGUACAACGUCACCGAGAGUGAAACUGUGCCAAAAUCAUCCCUGGUCGCUUCCGAUCAAGUCCCAAACUGUUCCAAACCCUUUCUAAAGGUUAGAAACGAAACUAGCUCUCCGCAGAGAUGCAGUAGAAAAGACCAAGAGUUAGCCUUUAUCCAUAAUGAGUUGUGCAUACAUGAAGGUACAGCCUCUUUGAACAGUUCAACAAGUGAUCUCGAGCUCCGAACCUUCCAGGAGCGGUUAAAGCUAGAUCUCCCUGACAUUGCUACAAUCAAGACUGACUCAGGUUCAAGUUCGGACAGUUCUCCAGAGGAAAGUACAAAACCUCUGUCCAUGGGGAGCCUGUUCGCUCCCGCGUCCGAUUUCACGCAGUCCGACGCUAGCGAAGACGUCACCCCGACCAACGCCACGGCUCGCAGAGUCGGCGAGAGCGGGUUCGUGAGAAGUAAUUCCUUCACGGUGUUGGAAGAUGAUCACGAGAAGGAGAGGUCUUCGCCAGAGCUGGACAAGUGUGCGGAGCUGGAGGGGGAGUUCAUGCUGGAGAGGUGCCACAUGAUGGGGAGGGAGGAUGGCGGCAAGGAACCAAGCUCCCCUCCAGCAAGAGAAGGCCUGUCCAAGUCCCAGGAAUCUCUCCUGUCUGGAGAGUCUCUGGACCUGAGUCUGUUUGAGAAGAGAGAGGGACAGGCAGACCUCACACUGAGCACAUUGCUGAUGGACUCAGAUGAUGAAGACGGUCCGCUCGAUGAAGAGCCCAUCAACUUUGUGGAGAGAUGGAAGCAGAGAAGCAACAACAGCACCCCUGUCAGACUGCCUGACUGGAGCCCCAGCAAAACUAAGGAGGAACUGUCACGCAAGGUGAGCAAACCCUCUGCUCUGCAGCUUGACCUGGACCGGCCCAGCCACCAGGCCUUGUCAGAGAACUGGCUACUGGGCGUGCCCACAACCAACCCUACUACCUCCUCGCAGAGCUCUGCAAAUUCCAUGUUUCCCACCAGCAACAAAAAUUCCAGUUACCAUGGCAACUCAGGAAAGUUGGCCAACGGCUCGCCGCUACAGAGACGGCGGUGGAUGGACGGGUUCGACGGGACGAAGGGUCAGAGGUCGAAGGGCGCGCCGAGGUCGUCACAAACGUGGGAGCGAGGCUGUACAGCGCGACCUUCGGAAAGGUCGAGAGACAUGUGGGCGGGGUUUUUCGGACGGAGAAAUCGCGGAGUUAGAAGAGAAAGACGGGCAUGUGAGGUAUGA